UAUGUAAUGACGCUGUUGCGAUACUUUUUAUGUUUGAUUUAUCGCGAAAGUCCACAUUGAAUAGUAUUAAGGAAUGGUAUAGACAGGCUAGAGGAUUUAAUAAAACUGCCAUUCCUUUUCUCAUUGGAACAAAAUAUGAUCAAUUUGCAAAUUUCCCCAAAGAAGAACAAGAAGAGAUUACAAAACAAGCUCGUCGUUUUGCUCGUGCCAUGAAAGCCUCUUUGAUAUUUUGUUCAACGUCCCACUCUAUUAAUGUGCAAAAGAUUUUCAAAAUAGUUCUUUCAAAGGCUUUUGAUCUCAAAUGCACCAUCCCAGAAAUUAAGGAG